AUGAUUAGCAUCUUCUUUUUAGCCUCCAUUGUUCUCUCUUUUCUACAAUUCAUUCACUCUGCUACAGAACACAACACUUCUAUGUCUACCUGCCCAGAAAGUUUCAGUUGUCCAAAUUUAGCACAAUUCAAGUACCCAUUUUAUAAUGACAGUAACACUCAAUGCGGGUUGAUCCAGGUCAACUGUACUUUGAAGGGUGGGGAAAUUGAAAUUGGAAGAGACUCAUAUCAGAUUGUUGGCAAGUAUGUGUCUGAUGAAGCUUUGGUCUUGAUCCGUAAUUCAACAUUUGAAAGACUUGUGAAUGAUAGCAGUUGUGAGGCACUUAUGGAUAACUUCACAUCUCCAAGUCCUCUUUUGUAUUCCAUUUCAAUCGCACCCUUCAUCACUCUCUACAAAUGCAGAAACCAUCCCAAUUAUGACACAGAAAUAAAUAGUAUUUUUGACCAAUCUAAUUACAAUAAAGAGAGAUGUGAAGAUCACGAUUUCUACUAUAACUAUUCCAUCAGUGAUACAAAAGUUCCAAGUGAUCUCCCGCCUACAUGUCAAGUAGUCCGGCUGCCCAUGAAUGUGCGAAAGCUUGGUGACGGUAAAGUAGUCAAUGAAACCACCAUCUUUUAUAUUCUCAGUUCUGUAUUCUCUAUUUACUUUACAAUUACUUCCUGCGAUAAGUGUCAACAGGAAGGGGGCCAAUGUCUCACUCACGAUGGACAGUUCCAGUGUUUAUACGCCAAAAAUGAAACACCACUCAGUAAACUGAAACAUAUAUAUAUCCUAGUUCCCGCUGGAUCUGCCUUCAUCGUCAUCAUCUUUUUUGUCAUCUUCCUAAUCCGGCGUCGGUACAAGAGAAACCCUUUUUCCUAUUCCCCUUCAAAGGAAAAAUCACUAAACGUUGAAGAUGGGAAUCUUUUCUACGGCGUCUCUGUUUUCUCUGGCACAGAGCUUGAAGAUGCCACUCAAAAUUUCAACCCUUCGAAAGAGCUAGGGAAUGGAGGUUUUGGAGCUGUUUACUAUGGUAAACUACAAGAUGGAAGAGAAGUAGCAGUGAAGAGGCUUUAUGAGCACAACUACAAACGAGUCCAACAGUUUGUGAAUGAGGUUAGAAUCCUGACUGGUUUACGCCACCCCAACCUUGUGGUGCUCUAUGGUUGCACCUCUCGACAAAGCCAUGAGCUUCUCCUUGUGUACGAGUACAUUUCCAAUGGCACUGUUUCAGAUCACCUCCAUGGUAAACAAGCAAAUCCAAGCUUACUGACAUGGCCGUUAAGGAUGAACAUAGCCAUCGAAACUGCCAGAGCGUUAGUGUACCUUCAUGCCUCUGAAAUCAUACACCGAGAUGUGAAGACGAGUAACAUUCUUCUUGAUCAGAAUUUCAGUGCCAAGGUAGCAGAUUUUGGGCUCUCGAGGCUGUUACCAAAUGAUGUCACGCAUGUGUCUACAGCUCCUCAGGGAACACCAGGAUAUUUGGAUCCCCAAUAUUACAAUCGUUACCAAUUAACAGAUAAGAGUGAUGUUUACAGCUUUGGAGUGGUCUUGAUUGAACUAAUAUCAUCGAUGAGGGCUGUCGACUUAAAUAGGUCUGAUGACGAGAUUAGUUUGGCUAAUCUGGCUUUGAACAAGAUCCAAAGAUGUGCGUUAGAUCAAUUGAUCGAUCCUGAUCUAGGAUCCGAUUCAGAUGCUGAAAUCAUGAGGAUGAUGACAUCAGUGGCAGAGUUGGCUUUUCAGUGUUUACAGUAUUAUUCAGAAAUGAGGCCUACGAUGAAUGAGGUGCUUGAUGUGUUGGAGGAUAUUCAAUCCCCAGGGAGAAUUGAUGCUGAUGAAAGUAUCACAGACAUAGAAAAAGUAAAACCACCACCUCCUUCUGAAGCCAGCGAUAAGACGGUUUUGUUGAAAGACUUCCUGCCUUCGCCGGUCUCCAUCACUAGUGAAUGGCAUAGCGAAAGCACGUCAUCAACUACACUCCCUGUCAGAUAG